AUUGAAGAGUGACACGCCAUUCAAUAGCUGCCUGGCCUUGUGAUUGUCGGAAGCAGGAGGGAGCUUUGAGCCUUCUCGGACAGAAGGAUAAUAACAUUACCUGUUAGAAACCGACUACAUCUACGCUGCGCAGUGAAGCAAAAGUUGAAUCCGAACCGCGUCCAACAUGGGGAUCCGAAAAAAGACUAACAAGAAUCCACCGGUGCUGAGCCAUGAGUUUGUCAUCCAGAACCAUGCAGACAUUGUUUCCUGUGUUGCUAUGGUGUUUCUCCUCGGGCUGAUGUUUGAGGUCACCUCAAAGUUUGCAGUGUUAUUCAUUACUGUCCAGUACAAUGUCACCAUUUCAGCAAACGAAGGCCCAGAGGAGACAGCUGUGAACCACUUCCACCACGGCAUCAAGGACUUGGCCACGAUCUUUUUCUACAUGCUGGUGGCCAUCAUCAUGCACGCCAUCAUCCAGGAGUAUGUGCUGGAUAAAAUCAACAGGAAGAAGCAUUUCUCUAAAACCAAGCACAGCAAGUUCAACGAGUCGGGCCAGCUCAGCGCAUUCUACUUAUUCUCCUUCGGCUGGGGCACAAGCAUCCUGCUCUCUGAAAAUCUCCUAUCCAAUCCAGUCGCCCUGUGGGAGGGAUAUCCCCAUACACUGAUGCCAUUCCAGAUGAAAUUCUACUUCAUUUGUCAGCUGGGCUACUGGUUACACGCUCUCCCAGAGUUGUACUUCCAAAAGACAAAGAAGGAGGAUAUUCCGCGCCAGCUUGUGUACAUCUUCCUGUACCUGGUCCACAUUGCAGGCGCCUACAUUCUUAAUCUGAACCGUCUGUGUCUGGUCCUGCUUGUGUUGCACUACUUUGUAGAGCUGCUCUUCCACGUUUCCCGUCUCAUCUACUUCAGCUAUGAAAACAGACAAAUGGGUUUCACCAUAUGGGCCGUGUUGUUUGUCCUCGGACGGCUGCUCACCCUGUCCUUGUCUGUCCUCACCGUGGGCUUUGGCCUCGCCACAGCUGAGAAUCAAGGCUUUGAUUUGGCUACCGGAAACUUUAACAUUCUUUUUGUGCGAAUAACUGUCCUGGCCGCUAUCUGCCUCACUCAGGCCUUCAUGAUGUGGAAAUUUAUCAACUUUCAGCUGCGCCGGUGGAGAGAGCAUGCCCAACCUCAGACCUUGAAAAAGAAACAAGUUCCUUCCAAGAGCAAAUCAAAGAAAGACAAAGCCAACGGAGUAAAUGGAGUGAACUCCCAUGGAGCUGAUUCACCAAGAGCAAGAAAAGAGAAGUCCUCAUAAAUAAUUUCCCCUCAGCCCAUCCUAUCACCCCCUUCUCAAAGAGCCGUCUCUCUUCCCGUGCCUCUGUGGCUGUGCCCAACCAACAGACCCUCCGGUUCUCCACCAUGAUAAACAUUUUCAGCUCCCACACAGGACUGACCUCCCAGCUGGACUUCAGAGGGCCAGAAUGCAUUUAGCUUUGCUUGUCACCAGUCGUCCAGCACGCCUUGAUUUGAGAAUCAUUGCUCUGCUGUGCCAUUUCGAAAUGAAAAGAAAAAGAAAAACAAAUUCAGAAAUAAACUAUGAAAAAAAAGACCUUAUUUAAGAAGUGCCUAUUGAUACGGAUUGUUUUGUACAGGGUGUUGUAAUUUUAAAAUUUCAGGAAUGAUGACUUCAGUGUUUAGUGUUUCUCCAAGUCAGGCCAUUUCAUGAUUUUCCUAAAUACUGUAUAUGCCAGCUUGUGUUUUAUUUCCAUUUUGUCUUUUUUUUUGGAUAUCUUCCAGCUCAGCUCUUCUUCUUUUCCAUGAACUUCUGUCUCUUGUUUUGCAACCAUUGUAUGAAGUUUAUGAAUUUCCUUGUGAUAUCUUGUUAUUUUUCCAUGACUGGAGAUUGCAUACAGUCUUAUUAUAAUCUCCAUCUUUAGGAUAUGGCUGGGUUUCACGACCACAGACUGUUCAAACCCGCACAGCAAGACAUUGUUGCUGUGUUUUCACCACGUCACUCACCAACACACCUUAGACGGAACGAGAGGUAGAACAUGGAAGUGGUUUUCAAAAACCCGCUCAUGGAUAGAAUAAGGGAGAAAUAACCAAGGAAAACCAGAGACAUCACCCUGUAAUCCUAAAGAAGAUUCACUGCUCAGUAUUGUGCAAAACGUCCAGCAAAGACAAAGUAUUUAAUUAUUACAGUUCAGAACUGCUUUGUAAUCACAACAGAACAUGUCCCUUGUCAUGCAAUUAAAUUGAAUCUAUUGCAGUUCCACCUGCAAUACUGUUAAUGAAUAAACAUACCUCAUGCUUUAGUUUUGAGUGAUUAUAAUAUCAUUUUAUUAGAGAUGGAAAGGACAGAAUCAGGCGAAACAUCCCUUUAGCUAGUUAGACUGAACCUUGUAUGUCCCCCUUCAUUUGUUUUUCAGUAAAAUGGGUUCAUUGUAUUUGUUUGACCUUGCACAUUAUUGCUUGUCUUAAAAUGUCCCUGAGAAUGAUUUGUGAAAGCAUGGACCGGAAACAAGAAAACCAUAUUUUGCUUGGCUUUACCCCAAACCCACUACUGACUGUGCCAAAUGAGUCUUGAAUUUGUUGGUGAUAUAUGCCUUUUUUUUGUGUGCGUAAAAUGAAUUUACAAAGCAAUACAGUGCAGUCAACUGUGUUGUAAGAAUCAAUCACCUAGGUAACACUGGCUUAUUCUAAAGAAUAAACCCAUUUACUAAUUUUAGAUGUACAGCAAUGAGUCAUGCCCCCCCCCCCCGUACGUCAGAAGUGGUUGCAGUUUUCUCAACUUCUCCUGAGGAUUUAUCUAAUCUGCAAAGGAAUAAAAUGUUUUAUUGAAAACGGGAGCCAUCCGAAUUAUUAUUUGGCUGUGUUAGCAGCAGCGUGUACUUUAUACAUCUUAUAUUUUGUCUUGGGAUACAAGAUAAAAAAUAAAAAUAAAAAUAAAAAAUAAAAAAUUAUAAUUAUUAUUAUUAAAA